AUGUCUUCUCCGCCGGAAAACGCCGACGAAAAAACCCAGAUCAAAGAAAUUCCGAACACUGAAACCCAAAACAGAGACACCUUGAACAGUGAAACCCAGAACAAUGAAACCCAGAACAAUGAAACCCAGAACAGAGAAACCCAGAACAGUGAAAUCCAGAACAAUGAAACCCAGAACAAUGAAACCCAGAACAGAGAAACCCAAAACAGAGAAAUCCAAAACAGAGAAACCCAGAACAGAGAAAUUCCGGCGGACAUCAUAUGGACUAAAAUCCUUCCAAGUCUUCCCGCCAUUUCACUUCUCCGAUUCAAAAGGGUCUGUAAAGAAUGGAAGUUGUUAAUCUCGAGUUCCGAGUUCAUCAUUAAGCAUAUUCGGCACCCAAAUUAUAUCUCCUCGAAGUCUGUUCUUUCAAUUUCUCAUAAUACUUCAUUAACUGCUGUCGAUUAUGGAGAUUCUCAGAAUGUUCAAAUGAUCAAUUUUGGUCGAUAUUCCACUACAAAUCCCAUUUUCUUGAUCGGUUCUUGUAACGGUUUAGUUUUGUUGAUUCGUUCUCAUGCUCUUAAUGGUCAAUUACCAUCUCCAAGUCAUCUUCUAAAAUUUGGAUUUGAAUACCGGGUUUGUAAUCCUGUUCUUAAUCAUGAUGUUGUGAUUCGCCAACCUCCAGGAGUUUUUCUUGAGAGUAAUCAUUUUGCUGCAAAGGAUUAUAGUUUUGGGUUUGGUUGUGUUUCAACCGAUGACAGUCUAGAAUUCUUCGUUGUUGCCAUUAGUUUUCAAAUGGGAUAUGUACUUGUGUUUGAAUCUUCGACGAGAAAAUGGGAUACAAUGCAAACAUUGCGAGAGAAUCUGCAUAUUUUAUUUGAAGAUGCUUGGUAUAUACAUAGUGGAACACUGGUAAAUCAAGCUUUACAUUGGGGUGUUUCUAUAGCAAUUAUUCACAAACGCAUUGUUGUCUUGGAUUUGGUUAAUCGGAAUAACAUCAAAUUUAUGAAAUUGCCGUAUCCCAAUUUUGGGGAACCUGAUAUCGUUCGUUCUGCUUUUAGUUUGGGUUGUAUCAAUGAUCGCUUGUGUGCUUGGGCUUAUUAUAAAGGUGGAUAUGAAGUUGAUAUGUGGAUGAUGAAUGAAUAUAAUGUGAGGGAAUCAUGGACAAGCGGAGCUCCAGUUGAAGCGAGGCCUCUUGGUUUUGGAUAUCAAAUAAAAGCGGUGAACUAUGUUCAAAGCCUUGUAUCACCUCAUACAGUUUUUCUUGACGGUGAACAGAAUGGAUGA